CGAGGUGAGGCAGCUCGGGUGUUUCCGUCGCGGCUCGGCACUGAACCGCUGUGGAUGUGGGAAUGCGGCUGCCGGAGGCAGCGGGCAUUGCUGGACACUCGGCGGAGAUGUGCGCACAGAAACCGGAGCCCUCAGCGGUUGGCUGUCGUCCAACUUAACGGGACUGGUUUUUUUUGGAGGGGGUGAUGUGGGUAUGAACCCCGGACAGGCUGGGUGUCGUUCGGAACAGGGCAGCUGGGUUUUUUUUUCCUUUUCUUCCCACCCCCCAUAUUUUUCCGGGGAUUUUCUAUUUUGUAAGGGAGACGGAAUGAGAGGAGAAGAAGGAUUCCCCAGCACUAUGGAGCCACGCAUUGCAGGCAGCUGUGAAAGGUGACCGUGAAAUGAAAUGCAAAGCGUCUGUCCCUCAACUUUAAACCUUUAUCUGGUGCUGCGGCACGUAGGAGCGACAAUACAUAACAGCAGCAAGAUCUACAAAUGUUCCACAAUUGUGGAGUUUGUGAAGCCAACAGCAGCAUCAUGUUCUACGGUUCUUCCUCCGGGGCCAGUAUGUCCCUGCCAUCCAAGAGCCGCCUGAAACGACAGAGCAGGACCUUCACACAGGUCCUGUAUCGUACUCUGAGUUACAGAGACCGUGUCCCAGUAGAAACUGGAACAAACACUCGUGGGGACCGGCGGUCGACGACUGAACCCCCAGAGCGACCGGCGGACGACCCUGCUGAACUCUCCACGCAGAGCUCGGCCCCUGGGGUCCUGAAGAUUUUUGGAGAUGAAAUUUGUGCUGGUGCCAACUACAAGAGCGUCCUGGCCACGCCGCGCUCCAGUGCGCAGGAACUGGUCAAAGAGGCACUCGAGCGUUACUCUCUCAACAAGAAUGCCGCCCACUCUUACGUCCUGUGCGACGUGAUCGGGCGCUUAGAGGGGGGAGGUGGGAUAGGAGGAGGGGGGUGGCGAACUGAAUGCUUGCGUGCGCUGGGAGACAACGAAAAGCCACUGUUGCUCCAGGAGCUGUGGAAGCCCCGAGAAGGACACGCUCGCAGAUUUGAGCUGCGCAGGAGAGCAGAGGUGGAGGAAUUCAAUGCCAAAGAGAAGGAUACCAUCACUGCUGGGCCCAAAACAUCCCAAUUCCUGGCGGCUCUAAUGGGUCGGUCUGGGCUGGGCAAACACAGGAGCUCCCCCCUGCGGUCUGGUCGAGUGGUUCAGUCUAACUCUAAAGAUAUUAAUGCUCAGGCUCGUAAGCUCCAGAGGAACAGGGCAAAGGGGACGCUGACCCUGCCGCGGUCCAGCAACUCAUCCUUUUGCCGCAGCCUCAGCGAGACUAGCCUCAACCAGUUGGGAGUGGGAGAGGAGCCCAAGCGUUAUUACUCCACCCUGCCAGGGCCCUUAAGGGGUCGAGAACGGGAGGCGGCCUCCAGCAGCCGGAGGAAAGAGGAGGGAGGUCAGGGAGGAGGAGGGGUGAGACACUCGCUUUACCAGUCCCCACACCUGCUGCUGCUACAGGGAUACAAUCGGCAGGACUGUUUGGUGUACCUGCUGAACAGAGAGCAGCACACAGUCGGUCAGGAGACUCCAUCAGCUCGCCCCAACAUCUGCCUCUUCUCUCCUGACAUCCUCCCCCUCCACUGCCGCCUGCGCCGAGUACCCGCACCCCGUCGCCAUGCCAACAACAACAAGGGAGAAGAGCUGGCGGAGAGUCAGCGGUCCUGUGUCGCCGUUGAGCCGGUGCUCCACGCCACAGUCCUAGUGAACUUUUCCCGCUGCGAGCGCUCCACCACGCUGCGACACGGUGACCUCCUCUCCUUCGGAGCGCAUUACAUCUUCCUGUACAAGGACCCCACGGGCGCUAAGCCUUUGCCUGCUCAGACCUUGGCACGCCUCCGCUCCCUGGGGCAGCUUUACGACGCAGGGGUGGAGGAGGGAGAGGGCGGGGCUCAGACGUGUAAGAUGUGUGGUUCUGUGCUGAAGGACAGAGCGGCGCAGGUGUCAAGUGCUCCGGCAGUUAGACGGAGCUUCAAACCUCACCUGGUAAAACCCCGCAGCGGGGGGACAGCAGCGGGAGGGCCCCUUAGAGGAGGAGGAGGAGGAGGUCAGAAACGAAGGCUACAGCUGGAGUUUGACCAGGCUCAUGAAGACCAGCUAUUGAACAGGAUUGUGUCUCUCAUAGAACCUGGAGGAGAUGACCAUAAGCUGACACCUGCCUACCUGCUGUGUCUGUGCAUACAACACUCUGCCUCAAGCUUCCCACCUGGGAGCUUUGGAAAACUGCUGCUCAAGAUUGUCCGACGAAUCCAGACCAUCGCAUGGGAGAGGACAAAGGAGCUGGCUCAGAAGCAAGCUCAGCACCAGGACCCGGCCUCCCUGUCUCUGCUCAGCAUCUCAGACUUGAUCCCAGACCUGCAGACGAUCUUCUUCUGGAUGUCCAACUCUAUCGAGAUCCUCUACUUUAUACAGCAAAGAGCACCAGCAUACACACACAGCAUAGAGACACUGCAAGGGUCAAAGGAGUCGUUGCUAUCGGCGACCAUAUCAGCCAAUGAGGAGGCAAUGACUAUCUUGGAAGAAGUGAUCAUGUACACUUUCCAGCAAUGUGUCUACUAUAUCACCAAGGCUCUUUAUGUAGUGUUACCAGGUUUGUUAGACUGCAAUCCAUUCCCAGUCGACAGCUCUGAGCCCUGCUGGAAAGGAGGUGUCGGGUUUCCUGAACCUAUACGCAGGGUCCUGCAGGUAUUUCAGAAUGCCCAGGAGCUUUUGCAGGGCUACCAGGUCCACUCGGAGAUUCAGGCUCAGAUGUUCGCUUACCUAUUCUUCUUUGCCAAUGUGUCACUGUUUAACCAGCUAAUGGACAAAGGUCCAUCUCGGGGUUGGUUUCAGCGCUCCAAGGUGUUGCAGAUUCAGGCGUGUUUGCGGAUGGUCAUGGAGUGGGCGAGCAGGUCCGGUCUGGGACAUCUGGCCGACAAAUUUUUCACCAAACUCAACAGUACUGUGUCCAUACUGGCCACUCCCCCACAACAGCUCACACAGUUGAGUUGGCGAGCUUUGUCCAGCGAGCACCCGACUCUGAAGCCUGUCCAGCUGCACAGGAUUCUCACCCAGUACCAGAUCACAGCAGAGAUAGGCCCCGUCCCAACAUGGCAACCCAGCAGCGAGGACGAGGCGUAUAUAUACAGAACAGUGGACCUCCUGGAGAGCUUUGAGAACCACCCACCCAUAGUGCUCCCCAGCGCCGGCUUCAGAGUGGACCUGGACAGCGAGUGUAUAGAAGACAGCAUCUACAGACAGCUGCUCUACAUCCGCCACUACCUGUGGGGGCUACGCACCAAGACGCAAACGCACACCAACACUCCCAGUGUGCACACACACUCCAAUGGAACCAACACAGCUGACUGGCCCGACGUUCAGAGGGAGUUGUUGCCUCCGGCCCACAGCAGCCCCCGCUCUGGAGGUCCUGGGGAAGAGGUGAUGGCAGAGACAGGAGAGGAGAGAGCACGAGACAGACCCUCAGGCCAAUCACACACACACAGCCUCAGAAGGAACGGCACCAUCCACCACCCUCGAACGGCAAAUCCAGACCCGUCGUGCCUCUUGACCCCUCCCAACACCCCGCUGUACCCGGAAGGAGGAGGAGGAGGAGGAGGGCAGAUCAUAGGCCCCAACACCCAGACUAAUGGCUGCACCAGCAGAACUAUGGCAGAAUGUAAAAAGACCAACGGACUCAUCACCAACGGACUGGAGGGGUGUAUUAGUGGGUGUGAGUUUCCUUUCCCUGUAUCCUCCCCUGGCGCCCCUCCCCUUCCUGAUGACUUGUGUGUGGUGUUUGUAGUGGAACUGGACAAGGGACCCUACGGUCUGGGCAUGGGACUCAUAGACGGCCUGCACACUCCUCUCAACGCUCCAGGCAUUUAUAUCCGGACUCUGAUACCCGACGGGCCUGCUGCCUCUGACGGCAGACUGAGGAUUGGAGAUCGCAUCCUGGCUGUGAACGGCACCAGUCUGAUCGGCGCAGACUACCAGAGCGCGGUGGAUCUGAUUCGUCUGGGAGGAGGUCGCCUACGUUUCCUGGUAGCCAAGUCCGACCCCGACGUCUCAGAGAAGAUCAGUGCCUCCUCCUGCUGACCACCACGAGCCACCGCCGCUCCGGGUCAAGCACGCACAACACACUUCCCAGGACUGGAGAGGUGGGAUACAGAUGUGUGCACUAAUGAACAGGGUACACACAAACACACACACACACACCCAUGCGUACAUACACGGCAUGAAAUAUGAAUGUGAAACCUAGCGUCAGCACAGCACAAAGCCAAGCAAUCAAACUGGAGAUAACCCUCCAUGACUCCACCCCACAGCUGCCAGACCUGCUUCCCUCACGCUGACUCCUACUGGGUUUGUGUGACAGACAGAAUCCGUAACCCACCGCGACAUCAAAGGAAUGCGCUGCGAGGGAAAGUUGCCUAAUUAAUCAGCGUUUGAGGUGGGCGCGGUCUAAUCAGCCAAUAUGCAGUUGGAUGUGGUUUAAAGCACAGUAGAUCGUAGGGUUUUAAUUUCUCUCCCGCCAGCCCUCGGUGCAUGUGCGCACAUUGGACGUUUUCCACCCGUUUUUAGAAUAAUUUUUAUUAGUAUUUCACACUUUAAGUAGCAUGGUAAAAUAGCUACCGAGCUCUCUGACACAGACUGAAAAUGUAAUUCCAAAAGCAGACAAACAAACGUGAAGGCAGCCUCAGUGAAUGCUGGAUGUCUUACACAGUGCUUUUAGAGUGGAAUGUUUUUAUAAACCUGUUUGUUAGUAACUCCCAAAGCACCAUCACUGUCUACUCAACAGACUAAACAAGUGUGUAUAAAUGUUGACUUUUGUAGUGGAGAGUAGGUGAAAGAGGCAGAGGAAGCCAACUGGAGAAUGUCAAGACAUACAGCCGAGCUCUCCCAUUUCGCAUUGACCCUCAUCAAUGGACUUUGCCUCCACUGGAAAAGGGAUGAAUUCUUGAGGCUCGACAUGCACCGGGGAUGUGCAGCUGUUGUUUAUUAAUCACCGGAUCGUCAAGAAGACAUGCUUCCCUCCAGAGUUUCUGAUGCACAGUCCUGAUGUGUAUAAACCACAUUUUUGUUGUGAAUAUAUGCUGUAUUCAUCUGGUUAAGAGGUGUAAAUAGUCAUUUGUAAAUAUUUAACAUAUGGUCACAUAUUGUUUGGACAUUCAUAAGAGAAACUGCAUUUGGGGAACUACUCAAUAUAACUUUUUUGUGAAAUAUAAUUGUCAGUAAAGACUGAAACAUACUGAUGGAAAAAAGAAACUGUAUUUUCUGGAAUGAGAGAAAUUUUAGCUGUGGGUUGUUUUUUCUUCCUAAAUGUAAUUUGUUUUCCGUCCUAUGAAUAGGAAUACAACUUGUUCACUCUAGAACUGCAUAUAGCGACAGUUCGCAGGUCGUUUCCUAAACUUUUGAGUAACUACACCCAAAUUACAAAAACAUUUGUAAUUGUAAUAACAGUUUUACAUCAAGUGGUAUCUAGCUACAGCAGACAGUUGUUGUUUUUUUGGUUAGGCUUUAAGAUAAUUUAAACCUCCAACCCAAUACAACAGAGGUGAAUGGAACGGUCUUAGUUCAGCAUUGACAAAUCACAUUUAAAACGGUAGUUGUCUUUCCAGACAUGGAAGUUGCUCUGGAUGGUCUCACUAGUGUUUUUAAGAGGACUAUUUGAUAGGAAGUAGUAGUAUCUGUGGAUGGUGUUUUUUUUUUUUAAAGUGACUUUUCAAUACUGUGAGCAAGAAACAACAAAAAUCCAUUCACAUCCAUUGUAUUGGGGAUGGAGGCAGACAUCUCAGAGGCAUAUCUAAAAAUCUAGACGAGUAAAAUCAAAACUAUCUGCAUGGUUAGAUAAGAGACUGAACAUGUUUUUUUAAGUCGUUUUGAUGUACCUAUCCUUUGAAAGAAGGUAGAUAACAGGUCACCUUUUAUAAAGUUCUUAAUUCAAAGCCUGGGGUCACUACAAGAAAAAAAGCCAUGCUCAGUCAGUUCUGACCUCAGCUCCGUAGAGCUCCCCUGGGACAGGGGCAGUGACCCUCUGCCAGCCUGUGAUCGGUCUCUCAGCAGAAAGAAGAAAACGUAGCACAGCCACAGAUCGAGAUGUCCAUUGGCUCCCUGAAUAAAAGGAGCCAGGACUUGGUCACACAAGGUACUGAAGGACUGCAGGGCAACACUUCUUAAUGUUUACUAGGGCUGCAACCACAAUUAUUUACAUAACUGAUUAAUCAGUUCUCAUUUAGAUUGUAAAAUAUCAGAAUAUUUUAGAAAAAUGCCCCGCUUGUUUUGUCAGGCCAAAGAUCCAAAACCCUCAAAAAUUAAUUCACAAGUAUAUUUAAAAAAAAGAAACCUAUGAACCUACAUAUGCUGUAUUUGAGACAGUUGAGCUUGUAAAUGUUUUUACUGGAUAAAUGACCAAAACGGUUGACUAAUUGACUAUUGUUCCAGCACUAAUGUUGACAAUUGUUGGUGUUUUCCUGCUAUUGUUACAGUUAUUUUAAUUUCCUGUUAUUCCAGAAUGGUUCAAAUUUCAGUAUGAACAUUUUUUUUUCUUCCAUCAGCUUUGUUUUACUCUCCACUUUUAAUUUCUUUGCAGUAAAACUUUAUUUUUGUGCAUUUCAAGGUUUGUAUGACAUUGAUCUCAUGCAUGUCUAUUCUUCUCUGUUCAUUAUUUAUACUGUUAAUGAUGUUAAUAUGAUGGUACUUAAUAAAGAUUGUUGAAUACUU